ACGGAAGUCAGCCGUGCUUUCCGCGGCGAAAUUUUGCUAAGUUAAAAUCGAGUGGCGGGAGUUAAUUUCAAGUUGGGGAAUAACUUGAAGUUCUGAAAGUAAACGACGACACAUGGAAGGCAAAAGACGAAAUGGUGGGACCCUGACGGGCGGAGCGUCACAAGCUAAGCGGGGUAAACAGACCGGGGAUUGGGACGAUGGCCCUUCGGGGUUUGAGGAAGAACUGGCUCAUUUGGAAGAAGCCGAGAUGGAAGCAGAGGAGAGGGAGGGGCAGGCAGGCCACGAUGUCAUCCCCGUAGGUGAUCUGUUCUCUGCGGACCUCAACCCUCGCUGGCGCCGACCUAAUGCCGCUAGUUUGGACCCAAAGUUUGAAAAACUUAUCUUCCAGCAGAUUGACCUAGACUACUACUUAGGCCCUGCAGUGGCUGGCAUGCCAGGCCAAGCACACAGCACUGUCCCCAUCAUACGCAUGUUUGGGGUGACGGACCAGGGAAACAGUGUUUGCUGUCAUGUCCAUGGCUUUGCCCCCUACUUCUACACACCUGCACCCCCGGGGUUUACCAACAUACACUUAGGUGAAUUCAAAAGGGAGCUCAACUCAGCUGUGCUGAAAGACAUGCGCUCCAACAAGGACAACAUAUCUGUCACAGUGCUGGCAGUGGACAUUACACGCAAAGAAAGCAUGUAUAGUUACCAUGGAAACAAGCCUGUGGACUUCCUGCGCAUCACCAUGGCGAUGCCCCGCCUGAUUGCCCCAGCAAAGAGACUCCUGGAGCAGGGUUUUAAGUUUGGCCCUUUCUCCUCCCAGAGCUACCCUUCCUACGAGGCCAACAUUGACUUUGAGAUCAGGUUUAUGGUGGACUGUGAUGUAGUAGGCUGCUGCUGGAUCGAGCUCCCUGCUGGAAAAUACCGCCUGAGAGAAGAGAGGAGGGAGGGGGAGACAGACUCUGCCUACCCAGGCAAGGUGUCUCUGAGUCAGUACGAGGUGGACGUGGGCUGGUCAGAGCUGCUCGCCCACCCCGCUGAGGGGGACUGGCAGAGCAUUGCUCCUCUCAGGGUUCUCAGUUUUGACAUUGAGUGUGCUGGAAGGAAAGGUAUCUUCCCAGAGGCAGACAAGGACCCUGUCAUCCAGAUUGCCUCCAUGGUGCAGCGGCAGGGAGAGAUGGAGCCCUUCAUCCGCACAGUGUUCACCCUGCAGUCCUGCUCCAGCAUCGUAGGCUCCCAGAUCCUGUGUUUCACACAGGAGAAGCAGUUACUUCAGAGCUGGGCAGAGUUUGUGAGGACAGUCGACCCAGACAUCAUCACUGGCUACAACAUCCAGAACUUCGACUUCCCCUACCUGCUCAACAGAGCAGCAGCUUUGAAGGUCCAUUUGUUUCCAUACUUGGGCCGAGUUCGAGGCAUCAAGUCGGUCCUGAAGGAGUCGAGCUUCCAGAGCAAGCAGAUGGGCCGCAGGGAGAACAAGACCAUGAACAUGGAGGGAAGGGUGCAGUUUGACCUGCUGCAGGUGCUACUGAGAGACUACAAGCUGCGCUCGUACACGCUCAACUCUGUCAGCUUCCACUUCCUGCAGGAGCAGAAGGAGGAUGUGCAGCAUUCUAUCAUCACUGACCUGCAGAAUGGUAAUGAGCAGACACGGAGGCGCCUGGCGGUGUACUGUCUGAAGGAUGCCUACCUGCCCCUGCGGCUGCUGCAGAAGCUCAUGUGUGUCAUCAACUACAUGGAGAUGGCCCGGGUCACAGGUGUGCCCCUCACCUACCUGCUCUCCAGGGGCCAGCAGAUCAAAGUGGUGUCUCAACUCCUGCGGCAGGCCAUGAGACAGGGGCUGGUCAUGCCUGUGGUGAAGACUGAGGGAGGGGAGGACUACACUGGGGCCACGGUCAUCGAGCCAGAGAAAGGGUACUACAGUGUUCCCAUUGCUACUCUGGACUUCUCAUCCUUGUACCCGUCGAUCAUGAUGGCCCAUAACCUGUGCUACACAACCUUGCUUCAGAAGGGCACGGCAGAGAAACUGGGUCUUUCAGCAGAGGACUUCAUCAAGACUCCCACAGGUGACCUGUUCGUCAAGAGCUCCGUGAGGAAGGGACUUCUGCCGGAAAUCCUGGAGAACCUGCUGUCUGCCAGGAAGAGAGCCAAGGCUGAGCUGAAGAAGGAGACGGAUCCUUUCAAGCAGCAAGUGCUGGACGGACGCCAGCUGGCUCUCAAGAUCAGCGCAAACUCUGUGUACGGUUUCACUGGGGCUCAGGUGGGCAAGCUGCCCUGCCUGGAGAUCUCUCAGAGCGUCACCGGGUUUGGCAGGCAGAUGAUUGAGAAAACCAAACAGCUGGUGGAGUCCAAGUACACCAUCUCCAAUGGUUACCAGGCUGAUGCCAAGGUGAUCUACGGGGACACAGACUCUGUGAUGGUGAAGCUGGGGGUGCCGACUGUGCGAGACGCCAUGGACCUGGGUAGGGAGGCAGCACAGUGGGUCUCCUCUCACUUCACCCCUCCCAUCAAGCUGGAGUUUGAAAAGGUUUACUACCCAUAUCUGCUGAUCAACAAGAAACGCUACGCUGGCCUCUACUUCUCCUCCAGCUCUGACACGCACGACAAGAUGGACUGCAAGGGCAUCGAGACAGUGCGUCGAGACAACUGUCCUCUUGUGGCAAACCUCAUCAACACCUGCCUGCAGAACAUCCUCAUAGACAGGGACCCCCAGGGUGCUGUUGCCCAUGCCAAAGAGAUCAUCUCAGACCUGCUGUGUAACCGCAUCGACAUCAGCCAGCUGGUCAUCACCAAGGAGCUGACCCGCACGGCCCAGGAAUACACUGCCAAGCAGGCUCAUGUGGAGCUGGCUGAGAGAAUGAGGAAGAGAGACGCUGGCAGCGCCCCCAACCUAGGAGACAGAGUUCCCUACGUCAUCAUCAAAGCUGCCAAAGGAGUGGCAGCGUACAUGAAGUCUGAGGACCCCAUCUAUGUGCUGGAGAACAACAUUCCUAUCGACUCCCAGUACUACCUGGAACAGCAGCUGUCUAAGCCACUGCUCCGCAUAUUUGAGCCGAUCCUGGGAGAGAGCAAGGCGGAGAGCGUUCUGCUCAAGGGAGACCACACGCGCUGUAAGACGGUGCUGACCUCCAGGGUGGGCGGGCUCAUGGCGUUCGCCCAGAAGCGGAGCACCUGUAUUGGCUGCAGAGCGGUGCUCAAGACGGAUGUGGCUGUGUGUGACUUCUGUAAGAGGAAGGAGUCAGAGUUGUACCAGAAAGAGAUCUGUCACCUGAGCACUCUGGAAGAGCGCUUCUCUCGUCUGUGGACUCAGUGCCAGCGCUGCCAAGGCUCCCUUCACGAGGACGUGCUCUGCACCAGGUACACACACACACUGCUUACUGUUCAUCUCCUCACAGCACACUGAUGUGCUUUGUACGAGAUGUCGUCCACUCAACCUUAUAACCCUAUACAGGCAUGCUCCAUGUGAACACAAUGGAACACACAGUUAUACACACACAUUAACAACCACUGUCACUAAACACAUGUAUAUGGAGCCACUAACUCUUGCUC